ACAGAGAUGCACAAAUAUUUCUUCUUUUUUGGAUAAUACGCAGAUGGACACUCAUUCACCCAUUCAAUUUCCACUUCUCCAUUCUUCUUCUUCAACACCCACCGUCCAUAACCGUACCAACGAUCAACUAUGGCCACUACGGCCGCCACCAAGCUCGCUUCCGGCCUCCUCUCCGCCCCCUGCACCCCACAUCACCGCCGGAAACUACCAAUUGUAUCAUUGCAUCAUCAGAAUUGCCAAUCUGCAAAGCCUAUGGCCUUGGCUAUUCGGAGAGAUGGGAUAGUGUGCAAAGCGACGGAGGUUUCGUCGUCGUCGGUGGCGGAGGAGGGGUCAUCGGGGGUUUCUGAUGAUGGAAGGAAUUGGGUUCCGGUCGUACCAUUGUCGGCGUUGCCGAAAGGUGAGAGGAGAGUGAUAAUACAGGAUGGAGAGACGAUUCUGCUGUUGUGGUAUAAGGAUGAGGUGUUUGCUAUCGAGAAUAGAUCACCUGCUGAAGGUGCUUAUAGUGAAGGAUUACUCAAUGCUAAGCUCACCCAGGAUGGGUGUAUCAUGUGUCCAGCAACCGAUAGCACAUUUGAUUUACGAAAUGGGUCGAUCAAGGAAUGGUUUCCGAAGAACCCCGUGUUAAGAGUGCUCACACCCGCAUUGAGGAAUUUGUUCGUUUAUCCCGUGAAAGUUGAUGCCGAAAAUAUCUACAUAAGCAUGGGAGGAUCGGUAUCAUCUGAUGCAUCUGCAGAAAUCGUAUUCAGUGGAAGAGCUCAACCGGGUAUGACUGCUACUGAUGUCAACGUGGAUGAGGUAAGAAUGGUGGUUGAUGAGGGUUCAGGAGGAUUUGGUUUCACAAAGAAUAAUGAACUGAUUAAUGGGAAGGCAGCCAUAAUUGGGUUCCUGUUGCUGUUAGAUUUUGAACUCUUGACUGGUAAAGGAAUCCUCAAGGGUACAGGCUUCUUGGAUUUUCUUUAUUCUGCUACCAAUACAUUCAAGUAAACAACAUUUGUCGUCGGUAAUCGGUAAGAUAUACAUUCUUUGCUUAAAGUUGCGUCUUUUCGUUUGUUUUCCGACAGUUUUAUGAGAUAUGAAAUGGAUCCGGUGGUCGUAUACCCGUUAUAAGUUUGUUCAAAUUACGAUGGCUUUUUGUUCCAUUUCGCUUUGUGUGCUUAAGACGGCAAUUAGAUUAUAACAAGCCCGGAUCUUGAAAAUGGUCUCUUUAUUCUGUAUAGGAUCUACUGGGUUUGUCCUGUUUGAUUAUGAAUAUAGAGUUCUCUUUCUUUUAC